AAAACUUAGAGAUAUAGUCCUGACUUUUAGGGUUCCAGACUCAAUUCAGGAUUCUAGGCACAGUUUGAUAAGUAACCUGAUAUGAUCUGUAAGUACAAUGAGGGGAAAAAAUUGUUACCCCUCCCUUCUUCUGGCUUUUUUCUUCUCUUUCUCUGACAGCAGCCCACCCUAUUUAAACCAGUGACUUGACCCACCCUGCACUGAAUCUGAACCUGAAGCUUGACCUGUUUGGAAACAAAAUCGAUGGAGCUUGGAAAAAUGGAUACUUCCCGCAGGGAUGAGCCAACAUAUCUUGCCUGGUCCAUCUUCAACACUUUUUGUUGCUGUUUGCCACUUGGAAUUGCAGCAAUCAUCUACUCAUGCAGAGUAGACAAUGCUAAUUCACUUGGAGAUGCUGGAAGAGCUCAAGAGUCCUCCAGGAUUGCAAAGAACCUGAAUAUUGCUUCACUGGUGGUGGGAAUGAUUGCUAUAAUUAUGCUGAUUGUAAUGAUAGUGAUUCGAAACUAAAAAAUGUAAGCAACAUAACCAUAUGCUUGUGCUUGGAUUUUCCUCUUCUUUUUCUUUUAUUUGGUACUUGCUUUUCAAACAACAUUGCAAACUAUGAACUGCUCUGCUCAACUCGAUGAUGAAGACCAGCUGGGGUUUGAAAAUCAAAUAAGCAAUGAUCGCCAUACAAUGUUGCUUUUAUUUAGUGGUUUAUGCAAUGUUCAGAAACUAAAGAGCUACAGAAAUAUACAUUUGAUUUGUUAAUAAAAAUUGGAUUUUGAAAAAUAUAAAA